AUGCAUGCUACCCUGGCUGUGGUGCUGGCAUACGACCGCUAUUCAAACAGCAGCUCCGAAUCUCGUCGCACCCUCCGCAGCAAAACUCUCUUCAACAUGCAGCUUAGCAGGAGGACCAUCCGCGCCCACAGAAAAGACACCAUCUGGGGCACAGCCGCAGCCCCGGUGGUCCUGACCAUUGCCACCCCAGAAGCUCGUGCCCCCGCGAAAACCUGGCCGUUGAGUCCUUGA